AGUCCCUUCCAUGGACCAUAAUCAUUGUUCAGUCCUCCUUUUAUGUCUAUGUCGGGACGCUAUUCGAUAAAAUGUCCAAUGGAAACUAAACGUCAUUGCAGCAGUCGCCAUUACAUAUACAAAUCACUAUUAAUUUGUGAUCUUGAAAGAAAUUGCUAUUGUCAAAAUGAAGCGGGUAAUUUAAUUGUAAUUUGAAGAUAAUUGUUGCCGAUUAUUAAAAAUUUGGCAGUCUGGAAACAACAUUAAAAGAUGGCGCCUCCACGAAAAAUAUUGAGACAGCAGUUGGAGAUACUGAUAGACUUUAUAGAAGCCAACAAGGACAUGUCCAAAGGGUUCCCUCCUGGGCCGCGGAUCGCGCACCAGGGAACCAAGCACAAGUGGGCCGUGCUCGCCAAGAAACUCAACGCUGUGCCAUCUGGGGUCUUUAAGGCCCCCGAUCACUGGAAAAAGUAUUGGUUCGAGUGGCGACACAAGUGCCGGAAGAAAGCCGCGAACGCCAAAAGGAAACAGUUGUCUCCAGACGCGUCGACGUCCCAGCGAGCUGUGCCUUUGAACGACUUGGAGAUUCGCGUGCUAAAGGUCAAUGGGGAAGGUGCGGUGUCCGCCCCGGUAACGUCAUCAGAGCCAAUGGACACCUACGCCAAUGAUGAUUCUGACGCAGACCAGAAAAUGCAAGACGAUUAUACCUGGGAUAUUAAAACGCGACAGGACUCUAAAUACACAUCUUCAGAAACCGAAGGCAGAGCUGCUACACCUCCACCGAAAUGGGCUAUGCAACUAGAGGAACGGAGGCUCGCGUAUGAGGAACGGAUGGCCUCAGCCUUAGAGACCAUAGCGGCAACGAUGAAGAGACAAGAGGAGAGGAGAGGGAUGGCAGAGGAGAGGCUGUCGGACGCCAUGGCAAGCAUAGCCGGCAGCCUACAGGACAUCAACAGUGGUUUGCAAGAAGUCAUACAACACAUACACCAUAAUCAACCAGGUAUGGAGGCACUAGAGACGAGUAUAAACUACUGGGAGGACGCCCUAGCGGCGUUCUCGCUGGGGGCACGGGGCGGGGUGUCGGGCACCCUCGCGCUCACCUCGCCCGAGGAGGCGGAGUUCUGCCGGGAGAUACAGGACCUGCUGCAGAACGCGUACCUGCUACAGGAGCGCUGCGAGCUGCUGUUCCUGGACCAGCGGUCGGUGCUGUUCCGGUCUGAGAGCGGCGGCGGCGGCGGAGGCGGCGGGGAGGGCUCGUUCGGCCGCACGCGCCUGCUCUCCUCACACACCGCAUCAGACCACACCAAGAAGGAACACCACUCAAGCGCCGAGUCCUUCGCCUCCGCUGAGGAUCAGGUAGCAGAUUUGAGAGAAUUUGACGACCUGACGGAAUCACUACCGGAACUAGAGAAUUUAGAAUUGUAUCAGCAGGCUCUGAAAGAAUUCGAAUCUGGCAUUCCUUACAGGACUCUCCGCUCGGAUGUGGUAGGUUGUGCGUCAGAGGCGGAGUUUGCGUGCAAGCUGCACUGUCUGCGGCGCGGGCUGCGGCGCGUGUUCGCCGACCCGCACUCACGCAACUGGUUCGUAGACUCCGGCCGCCAGGUGCUCACUGACCUGCUGCUCUUCGCUGACAAGGAACCAAAGGAGUUCUUAGUUGCGUACGAGGAGAUGGUUUCAUGGACGUCCGACUUGGCCAACUGGAAUAUGAUCGAGAAGGAGCUCUCCAGUAAGGGAGUUAAAGUGGUGUCAUUCUACGACGUGGUGCUGGACUUCAUCCUGCUGGACGCGUUCGAGGACCUGGCGGCGCCGCCCGCCUCCGUGCUCGCCGUCGUCCGCAACCGCUGGCUCUCCGACGGCUUCAAGGAAAGCGCGCUGACGACCGCCGUGUGGUCGGUGAUAAAGGCGAAGCGGCGCUACCUGCAGUUCCCGGACGGGUUCAUGGCGCACUUCUACUCCAUCUCGGAGCACCUGCUGCCGGUGCUAGUGUGGGGGUUCCUGGGGCCGAGCGAGCGCCUGCGCGACGUCUGCGACACGUUCCAGGCGGAGAUCGUGGGCUUCAUCUCGGACCUGUUCAGCUUCCAUAAGUGCCGGUACACCACCGUCGAGGAGCUGGCCGAGGACAUCAUGCAACACGCGCGCUCCAGGAUCACCAACAUCACAGAUAAGCUCGCCGAACGCAACUAGGUGCCUGUACUCGUUGACAAUUAAUUUUAUAUACGUAUACGUAUGAGACGGUCGAAAUAUCUGUGUUACAUUUGAAUGGUUUAGGAGCUGUCGCGUUUCCGCUCCGUUCCAAAAGGACGUGCCCUAAUAGCAUUUAAAUCUGAUGGCCGUGUAAUCGCGUGCCAGUCGACAGAUAUUUUGUCUGUGUAGUAAAAUAAUAUCUCAAGCAAUAAGGAAGAAAUGUCAGCUGUAGUUGAGUUUCUAUUUAAGAAGUGGCAAAGUCUUUUUAAUAUUAUGUUACAUCAGAGGUGCUUAGAUUCUUACGUGUCAUUUGGACACCAAACUCAAAACCGUCCCUUUCCGAACGACCAACAUCAGAUUAUCAUAGUAUUGUAUUAUUUCUUAUGCCACCUCAGAUCAAAUAGAAAUGCAGUAAUGCCGUUUGUCAAAACUAAAGCCAGUACACGCAACGCACUUAUUUGUAAACACAUACGUCUGAAGGGGGUGACAGACGUGCGAGUAAGUACGCG